AUGGGGGUGUCAGAUGAUUUAGCCCCAAGCUUCACUCAGAAGCCGCAGCUGCGCCAGGAGGAUGACGGAAACAAGCUCAUCUUUGAGUGCCAGCUCUUGGCAUCACCCAAACCUGAAAUUAGCUGGUACCGCAGCGAUGAACUGCUCAAAGAAGAUAAUAGGACUAAGUUUAAGAUCCAAAGCAUUGCCAACAACAAGUUCCUGGUGAUACUGGAGUUGGAUGACGUGAUCGAGACCGAUGCGGGACUCUACAAGGUUAAAGCUAAGAAUAAGAUGGGCGAGGUGGCCGCCUCCAUCAAUCUUAACUUUAGCCCCGCUGACGAAGAAAAACAGAAACAAAUAGACGGUAAAGCGCCCACGUUCGCGCGAAAGCCCGCUAUAAGACAGGAGGAUGACGGGAAACGGCUGAUCUUCGAGUGCCGCAUAGAGGCCGAGCCUGUACCCAGCGUUGUCUGGUUUCACAACACAAUGGAAGUCAAACCAGGCUCAAGACAUAAGCUCGUUGCUUUUACACUGAAGUCUAAACCAACUAUUUGGUUCACAUUUUCGUCUAAAUCUGAUGAAUCUUGUAUACGUUAUGAUAUUAAUGUAGUACUAAUUGAACAGUUAACAGUUAAGCAAAGACGGAAAGUCUUACUACGCUUCGUUGGAGAUCAACAACGUGACGGUGGAAGACGCUGGUAA